AUGAUAAAAAAAGUUCUUUGUCAAUUAUUCUCUGGUCAAUGUAAUUUAACAUCUCUUCAACUUGAUAUUAGCAACGAAUUCAGAAAUGGUUAUAUUCAUAGAUGUUUAACAUCCCAAUCUUAUUUGUCUUCGAAUUCUAUUCAAGAUGAACUUCAAUCGUAUUGUGUGACUCUUCGUCGUUUACAUAUUCGACUUAAUCAUACAUGUUUCCUUGAAAAUCUUAUUGAACAUGUGCCUAAUCUUGAACAAAUGUCAGUUCGGUUUCAAUAUUCAUUGGUAUUCGAUUCAUUAGAGACAUCGAAUGUUGAAAAGUUGAAUCAAUCAAAUGAAAAUUGGUUUAAUAAAGUACCAAAACUACGGUAUUUCAGUUUAAAAACUAUCAUUUCUAAUGAUUCAGAAUUUGUUUAUUUGAAAUGGGUUCUUAACAAUUUAAAUUAUAUUGAAAAAGUUCAAGUUCAUCUUAGAAAUAAUAAAUUAAGCGAAAUAAAAUGUGAAAAAAUCUGGAGAUCUAUUAUUGAUGCAAAUUUCAUUCAUCAAUAUUGUUUACCUUCAAAAAUAAUUAAUUUAAUUUAUUUUGAUUUUUAUGUUUGUUCAGAAUGUCAAUUAUCAUUAAAUGAUGUAGAAAAAAUAAUUCAUUCAUUUAAAAUUCAUUCUUUUUUUAUUCAACAUAAAUGGACAAAUGUUAAAUGUUUAUUUGAUCGAAUAAUCUCAUCUCAACAUAUUUUCUCUUCUUUCUCUAAUUAUCGAAUGUAA